ACCGCUGGCUGGUCGUCGGACAUUUGCGGGGCGUUUUUGCGUGCCCUAAAAGCGUUACACAGCGCCAGCGGUCGUCUAAGGUGCAGCCACGAGCCAAUCAACCAGCGUCGCGCAUCCGUUCGCGCCGCCGGGGCGCGUAACGCAAGCGACCCGCUGCGCUGCAAAGUCGCUAGCCUAGCGCGUAGCGCAAGCGACUAGCGCAGCGCUACACCUUGCAGCGGGAAAAGACCGCCACGGAAGGGAACGAUGCUGCGCACGCAGACGUCGACGCCGAGCAAGCCGCAACCUGACAGAAGAAGAGCCCAGUCGGUCGACGCGAACGAGCAGCGGUUGAAACGGUACGAAACGUUCCUGUGGUUGUGUGCGUGGUAUCUGACGUCGCUCGGCACUUUAUUGUUAAACAAGAUCAUCCUCACGGAAAGGGGCGUCUCGUCCCAAGCAUUAGGAGCAUGUCAGAUGCUCUCGACGGCUUUAUUAGGAGCCGCCAAGGUCUGGUGGAGUUCUUCCAGUCAACCAGAGCGGGGCCCGAAUAGAUCAAGUGUGGACCUCGAGGCUUUAUCACAAGCAGAGCAGAGGACCGAGGAAUCGACCAAUGCACAAAGAAGCGACGUGCGCGCGACCCUGGUCGCGCUCGGGGCGUUGCGAGGAUUGACUGUUGUAUUAGGCCUCGUCUCGUUAGCGCACGUCGCCGCGUCGUUCACCGAAACCAUUAAAGCCACCGCUCCCAUAUUUACCGUAUGGACCGCUAGAGUAGUCCUGAGGCAGCGCACUUCUGGUCCUGUUGUUGCUUCAUUGAUCCCGGUCAUGGUCGGUUUGGUUGUUUGUGCACAUACAGAAGUGUCGUAUGACGCGAUUGGGUUUUGGGCAGCACUGGCCAACAACGCCGUCGACUGCCUCCAGAACGUCCUCAGCAAGAAGAUUGUGUCGACAUUAGGGCCCGUGAAGCUCCAGUUCUACACAUCGUUAUUGGCUAUUGCGUUCCAGUUGCCCAUCCUGGCAGCUAGAACGACGGCGAAAGCGGAAGCGCUCGUGCAGCCCUCGACGACGUUUAUGUUAGAUCCCCAUGUGCAAGAAUCAAUGAAAUACAUCCUGGUCAAUGUGUGCUGCUACCACGCUCAAUCGGUUUCCGCGUACCUAGACCAGCGUCUCUCAUUAAUAUAGAGUCCGGUGACGACACCGACGAAUCCGCGCUUGGACCGAGCUUCACGGCCGUGAGAUCACUCGUCAACCAUACCUUCACUUUGACCCGAGGACUCCUUUCUUGAGAUAUGUGUACCCAACCAUCUGUCCUCGGCGCUCCUCACACGCUACGCAUAGGUACUGCGUCGUCGACCGGCUCUCGCCUGUCUCCACGUCCGUCGCGAACACGCUGAAGCGCUCCUUGCUCAUCUUCCUGACGAUUAUUUAUUUCGGGAACGAGAUGACGGCCGAGUCGGCGGGCGGCGUCGUCGUCGUGGUCUGCGGCGUGGGGCUCUACAACUGGGCGCGCGUGCGCUACCCGGCGCCGGCGGCCGACGACGAGGUGCCGUCUGCGGGCGACAAGGACGACACGUAGUCGUGGUAGCUGUGAAUAACGAGGUGUUGUUGUUGA